AUGAAUGAUCAAAUAUUAGAGAAAUCAUCAACAAAACCAGAAAUUAAUUUAACUUUUCCUGAACAAUAUUUUAUUCCAAAAUUGCCAAAUGUCUUGCUUGAAGAUAUAGAAGCGGGUGCAAUUCAUAAGUUUGCACCACAUCAUACUAAUCGUCAAGUACUUAUUGAUACAAUAGCUCAUGAUUUAAUAAAAAAUUUCAAUCUCCUUGAUCCGACUCGUAAACAAUUUGAUGAUAUAGGUACAGCUAUUGUUCGUAAACUAAAGUUGCCAUUAACAAAAGACAAUGUUGUAAGUCGACUUUUAUUAUUUAACUCAAAUGAAUAAUGCGACAGAAAAUUUAUGAGUAUAAAUCUGCGCAAUUUAUUUGGUUCACAUGUUGUUUUUAUCUCUUACGUUUUCUCUUCAUCCAUUAAUAGUCACAAGAUAUAAAACUUCAAAGUUGCAAAAAUUCGUGAUUUUUUAUCUGUAUAAGUGAAGUCCAUAGAAUACUGAAGACUCAACCAUUUGAGCUGAAAAUUUUUUCUAAGCCGAACUCAUUGAUAUGUGCAUCCACAAAAAUUUCAGUUCGAUCGAUCGAACGGUUUGUAAGCUAUUAGGCCUGCAAUAUUCCCGAUUUGAAAGAUGUGGAUUUUUAGAAGUUCUCGAAAAAAAACUCAUUAGAAAUCGACGGUUCAAUAUUUUUGAACACGACUUGCGCCAAUAUUCAUAAAACUUUUGUCUCU